GAAGCUUCUCGCCUCCUCUGAAUGAGAGCAUUCUUCCCGCUGGACCGAACCGAGCCCGCCCCCGGCUCUGUGGUCCGUGUGUGACGCGCACAGGAGGCGCGCCCACCGCCGAGUGCAGCUUGGACACACGCACGGAAACACUGCACAAGCUCACAGCCCGGUGCCGACUCGCUCCGGGACUUUUGGACCGCGAUUCGCCCGAGGAUGCGGAUGAUCGGAUCGAGGCGUUGAGAAGGGAAGCGACCCGGACUUGACUCGUCAUGGACGACUACGAGAACUACGUCUACCACUACAGCGAGGAGUACGCCGACGUGGACGAGGCAAAAGAUGAACCCCAGCAGAGGGAGACCAUGCAUGUCAUCUCCAUCGUGGUCUACAGCGUCUCCUUCGCGCUGGGCCUGGUUGGGAACGGGAUCGUCAUCUGGGUGACGGGCUGCAAGUGCAAGAGGACGGUGAACAGCGUGUGGCUGUUCAACCUGGCGCUAGCCGACUUGGUCUUCGUGCUCUUCCUCCCCUUCUCCAUCGACUACAUCGUGAGGGACUUCCACUGGGACUUUGGCCUGGUCAUGUGCAAGCUCAACUCCUUCGUGUCGGUGAUGAACAUGUAUGCCAGCGUGCUCUUUCUCACGGUGCUCAGCGUGGACAGGUACGUGUCCCUGGUGCACCUGGACUGGUCUCGCCGGCAUCGUGCGGUGAAGCGGGCCUGGCUGGUGUGCGGCUGUGUGUGGACCCUGGCGGCCGCCUUGAGCUGCCCAGCGUUGGUGUUCCGAGACACGGUGACCUUUCACGACAAGGUGCUGUGCUUCAACAACUUCCACGAACAAGACAGACACACAGCGGCCAUGAGACACGCCGUCCUGGCCGCCGUCCGCACCACCAUGGGCUUCCUCCUGCCCUUCGCUGCCAUCAGCGUGACUGGCAUCCUCCUGGCUGUCAAAGUCAGACGGUCUGCGCUUCGCCUGUCCAGCUUCUCCAGGACGGUCUCGGCCGUCAUCCUGGCCUUCUUCCUGUGCUGGGCUCCCUUCCACGCGUUCAGCCUGAUGGAGCUCUCCAUCCACUCCUCCGACCAUCUUCACGGAGUUCUUCAAACUGGAUACCCUCUGGCCACCAGCCUGGGCUUCUUCAACAGCUGCGUUAACCCGCUGCUCUACGUCCUCCUGGGUAAGAAGGUUCGCCUCAUUCUGAAGCGAGCCUGCUUGGAUGUAACCAAAAGUUCCCUCAGAGAGCUCAACCAGUCCGUCUCUGCCACCGAGCUGGACUCACUGCCAGAGCUUGAUGAGGACAGCUCCCCGGAGGAGCCUGUGGAGUCGUCGUCGUCGCUGUGACGGCAGACGACCACAAGCCUUUGUGGGAGUCCAUGAAAAACACGGCGCUUAUUUGAGCGUAAAUGCGGGGGAUUACUGAAUUACAGACAUUUUCCAGUUGUCCUGUCGAGAUUCUGAUAGUUUUCUUUGCUGAUUCAGACUUCUUCCACUGGUUUAGAGGAUUAGAGUGACGGAAAAGCAGCGUAGGAUCAAGAGAAAGACACUUGAGGCGUUGCCAUUUCAGUCACAGCUUCAGUCGCAUCAUCAGGGUGAACAAGGGACAAAGAUCUACAGACAUGAGAGAACGGUUCAACCGGUGAUAAGUGGGACCUGGUCCACCUGGUUGACCCUUUCACCACCAGGAUGAGGAUCAGCACUUCCAAGGCUCCUGAGAUCGCAUUAGCGAGUGAGGGAAGGAUGGAGAAAGAGCUGAGCCAGAGGACAAAGCUCUCCACUGAACAGUAGAUUUCUACUGGCCUGAAAGGAGAACAAGAAUGUUGUUUUUUUGACCGGACUUCAGUCAUCAUGGAGAGGCUCACCGCAGAACUGUUCCUCUAUGUCAACUCUCCCAUAAUGCACUGCAACUAUUCCAGCACUUACUAGAGCGAGGAUGUUGUUUAAGACAAUUUUGUAUUCCAGAUUUAACAGUUUCAGGAGCUAGUAUUAACUUUUCCAGAACAAUCUUCAUUCUAACCGCACAUUAACCAGACCCUUGUUCUAAAGGGUUAACAUGCUCUUUCAUCUUAUCUAUUUACAUUCCAAGUUGAAGCCGAUCUUCUGCACAGUUUAUAUUCCUUGAUUGUUGAUAUUUGAUCAUCAAAACAAAUGAGGUUUAUUUUAUCUUGGAAUGUUUGGAAAAAUCAUCUUUUUCAUGAAGGUUUUGCAGGAAAGACUCUGCUCUGUAAGUGACACUGUUUUAAGAGAGGUGAACACAGAGCAGUGUCACAGGUCGUGGACAAAGGUGUGGAAAAUAUUUGUGAGAUAUGUGUGUCCUUUCCUGUUUCCUGACGUGACGUUUCCUGUUGCUUGAGGCGGCAGGAGUGGAAUUCUAAGAUGGUAGUGAGAAGCAUGAAUAAAACCUUUCCGAUCAAAGUGUCUUCAGUUAUUCGUAUGAAUGUGACGAGAGUUUGGGAACGUUGUGUUACAAACUGAAUCAGAACGUG